AUGUCAUCAAAAGAAGCUAUUAGAUCAAAGUUCGUUGAUGAAUUCCCAACUUUAGUUGAAGAAUUGAAACAAGUCUUGGUCAAGUAUGGUAUGCCGGAAGAAGCUAUUCAAUGGUAUGAAAAGAAUUUAAACUACAACACUCCAGGUGGUAAAUUGAACAGAGGUUUGUCUGUUGUCGACACUUAUGCUAUCUUGAAAGGUUACAACUCUGUUGACGAUUUAUCUAAGGAUGAAUACAGAAGGGUUGCCGUUUUGGGUUGGUGUGUUGAAUUAUUGCAAGCUUACUUCUUGGUUGCUGAUGACAUGAUGGAUAAAUCAAUCACUAGAAGAGGUCAACCUUGUUGGUAUCGUGUCGAAGAUGUUGGUGAAAUUGCCAUCAACGAUGCUUUCAUGUUAGAAGCUGCUAUUUAUGAAUUGUUGAAGAAAUACUUCAGAAGUGAGUCUUAUUAUAUCGAUUUGAUUGAAUUGUUCCAUGAUGUUACUUUCCAAACUGAAAUGGGUCAAUUAUUAGAUUUGAUCACUGCUCCAGAAGAAUCCGUCGAUUUAAGUAAAUUUUCUUUAGAAAAACAUUCUUUCAUCGUUAUCUUCAAGACUGCAUAUUACUCUUUCUAUUUACCAGUUGCAUUGGCUAUGUACGUUGCUGGUAACCAUGAUCCAAAGGAUUUGAAACAAGCUCAAGAUGUUCUAAUCCCAUUAGGUGAAUACUUCCAAAUUCAAGAUGAUUACUUAGACUGUUUCGGUACUCCUGAACAAAUUGGUAAGAUUGGUACCGAUAUCCAAGAUAACAAGUGUUCUUGGGUUGUUAACAAAGCUUUGCAAUUAGCUACUCCUGAACAAAGAAAACUAUUAGAUGAAAACUACGGUAGAAAGAAUUCUGAAAUGGAAGCUAAAUGUAAGAAAUUAUUCAAUGAAAUGGGUAUUGACAAAUACUACCAUGAAUACGAAGAAAAAGUUGCUGAAGAUUUGAGAGCCAAGAUUGCUCAAGUUGAUGAAUCUCGUGGCUUCAAAGGUGAAGUUCUAACUGCUUUCUUGAACAAAGUUUAUAAGAGAAGCAAAUGA